CUUUCUUCUGCUAUUCUAAACUGAGAUACAUUGGCGAUCGAUAAUAACCUUACUAUUGUAUUGUUGUAUUUGAUUGAGUAUGCAUGGGCUAGGGCAAAGAAUUCGAUGUAUCUUUCUUUAGCCUACUUGACAAUCAUGUCUAAAGAAAGGGAAUUUCCGAAGAGUAGCCUAGGCUAGGUGUUGCAUGCAUUGUUAGCUGGCUACAGCUGUAUAGACUCAAGCUUUAGAUGGGGAAUCAUCAAAUUCAAGGUAGGCUAGCCUAUAGUCGACACGAAACGCUCAUCUAUGUUGUAAUUCUCAUUCCAUGUCUUUGACACAUUCUUCAGUAUAAUAUUAGCCAGUCAUUUCUACCAUUGACAGGAAAUCAGCGAUUAAACGUGUCCGUUCGUCAUCCCCUUCCAUGUCAAAUGCAUUAAGUGAAUGCAUUAUAUUUUUGCACAUUUUAUGCAUGUAUUUGUACACGCACGUUGAAUAGAAUUUACACAUAGUCUACUUAUAUAACAUUUAAUUAAGUAGGCCUAAUCAUGGUAUGCAAAGAGCCUAUUACAUUAUUCAGUGGGUGCAAUUGAUGAACAUGAUAACUAUAUGGAGUGUGAUAGUCCAACCAUCGGGAGACCCAGUGAAGAGGCAGAAGAUGGUCAUUAUGUGAUGUACAGUAGGAUAUAUAGAAUUCCAUACAGUAGCAAGUCUUUGAACAAAAUUGGGGGGUUCCUUUUGUGUCAUGCUGUUAGUAAUCAUUGUAAUGCAAUCACAGCAACAAAAAUGGCCUGACAGUGAGAUUUCACAUGCAUUUGUAAACAUGACACUCUAAUACUCUAAUAUCUGAACUAUAAUAUAUGAUCAUUUGUAAUUCUGACCUUGAUCACAAAACUUAUAGCCUGCGUUUUUUCAGGGAGUGAUGUAACAGGACUUUAUUACAAUUGUAAUAAUAAUAAUAAUAAUAAUAAUAAUAAUAAUAAAAACCAAUUUCAUGCCAUAACAUUUAUUUAGUUGUUCUUGUGUUGAUCUAUCUAUACACUUUUUUCUCUUUUAAAAUGAUGUGAACUCUGUUUAGGAUGAUUAGGCUCUGAUAGUCAUUAUGUGAAGCUUGUGAGCAGUGAACUUGCUGUGUGACACUCCAAGCGUUUGCUCUGCAGACACCGCAGCCAUUAGGAAGCCAGAGAACCAGGUGGGUGGGCAAAGGCAAGCUUAGAAUGCAGAGAGAGCCAAGGCUGAACAGGCUUAUCGCAGGGAGACACACCGAACACUGCUAGGCUUCCACUGAAAAACACAGAGAGAGAGAGAGAGAGAGAGAGAGAGAGAGAGAGAGGUGGAAAGAGAGCAGAGUGAAGUGACACUGCUAGUGGAAAGCUCAUUCUGUAUUUUACCUUUUUCUUGCUGUUUGAUGGGGAACCGCUGAGGAGGUGAGUGUUUGCACAGUGUGGGAAGAAGCUGCAGCAUUAAUGGCUAUUAUCUAGCAGACGGACCACAUACCGCUGGGCCUCAGCUGCUGCUAAAGGGGGAGAGGACAUCGCUCGCGUGGACCAUGAGCAAUGAGUCUACCGUCUGGAAAAACCUAACUGAAAACCCCACAGACUUUCCAUUGGAAACGGGGAAACAGGAUGGCUACGUCCUCCUGUUGGUCCUUCUCUCCAUCUUCCUUGGGGGGACAUUGGUCCUGUUGUCCGUGCUAUUGAUCGUCUGUCGCCACUGCUGUGAUGAAGACCGACGCCACGCACGGGCCAGUGAUGAUCCAGAGAAGACCAAAACAUCUUAUCUUGAGGAAUCUCAGCCUGUACAUGAGAUCACAAUCCGGGUUGAUGAAUCGGACUGUCUGUCAGCCGCCAGCUCCCAUGACAUGGAGACGGAACGCUUUCUGUCCACCGGCACCACCGGCCGCCGGGUCUCCUUCAACGAGGCGGCGCUCUUCGACCAUGGCAAGAAGGCACAGGAGAAGGGCCGCAGGUACACUCUUACGGAGGGGGACUUCCACCACCUGAAGAAUGCCCGGCUCACGCACCUCCACAUUCCGCCGCCCGCCCUCAAGAUAGUCACCAUCCACGAGUGUGAGUCAUCGGAGAACAGCAUUGCCAUGACCACACGGCCCGCCUCCAAGUCCAGCCUCUCCAUCUUCCAGCCCUCAGUGCGCCCCCCUCUGCCCCAGACGGCACUAACCGGCCUGCACGUCAGCCUCAGCUCAGCCCUCCCUGGGGACGCACUCAACUCCACCGUGGACACGAGCUUCAGCAUCAGCGUCCCAACUGGUGCCCCGAGCCCCAAGCUCGCCCCAAGACCCUCCAUGAUCGAGGUAAUGGGGUCCAGCUCUCGGAACGGAGGCAGUCCCAGGAGUUUGGGUGAGACGGGGAUGUCCUCCGCGGGCACAUCUUCGGCCAACCCUACCCAGGGCCCCGUGCUGCAGUUCUUCUCCAAACUGAGGCGCCAUGCCAGCUUGGAGGGUGCGAGCCCCUAUUUCAAGAUCAAGAAGUGGAAGUUUGACAGCACCCAGCGGGCGUCCAGUCUGGACACCAGAGGUUCGCCUAAAAGGAGGCAGUUCCAGCGCCAACGUGCAGCCAGCGAGAGCAUGGACCAGGAGGAGCACGACGCACACCACAUCGACCUCAUCCAGUACAUCGCCGGCACCAAGGACAUCGUGUACCAUCCCACCCCCCGCAUCCUCUCGCCCCCCUCCACGCCACCACCUUCCCUCGGCAGGUUAGAGGUGGAGGUGGUGGUGGAGCCCAGCUGUAGCUCAGGGGGUAGCCUGGUCGGGGCUUCCUUCUCUGAGCUGCCGGACGAGGCUACCGCUGGGCUGGGCUGCCGUCGGGAGAGCUCAGACCACCAGGCGCUAUACCGUGACAUCUGGACCCUGCGAGCUUCCCUGGAGAAGUGUGUGUCCUCUGACCAGAGCAGCAGCAACGACAAGGACUCGGUCCGCAGCGGCGACAUGGACAGUGUGUGCUCGCUGGGCGCCAAAGCGGAGAAAGGGGCACUGCGGAGUUACCCCUCGCAAGACAUCGGGGACGAGAUCGAGGAGGACGCCGACGCGUCGUCGCCUACGGACGAGGUCGAGCCGAAGAGGGGGAAGCAGGACAGCGUGGACUCGGAGAAAGGGAGCGACGGCGAGUCGGGCAACCGGAAGCUGCUGCAGAUGGACAGCGGCUACGCCUCCAUCGAAGCGCCGGCCCGGGCCCCCGAGGAGCUCCGGCUGUUCGGCAGCGGCAGCUGUACCAGCAAGGACGGCUCGGCGCUGGAGCGCCGGCACUUCUUCACCAGCUCAGGCCACCGGGGCACCGUCUGCGAGAGCUUGGAGUCGCACGUCUUCGACGAGGAGCUUGAGGAGGAGCCCGGCGCUAGUGGUGGCGUUGCCGGCGGCGGCGGCCUAGGCUUGAGUGACACAGAGGGCGCCGUGGCGUGGUCGCCGUACGGCCAGAUGUUCACGCCACGCAACACUCAACAGCAGUCGCAGCAGCAGCAGCCGCCGUCGGCGUCGUCAUCAUCGUCGUCACACCCUUUCCUGCACCGUCGCGACUACAGCAUCGACGAGAAGACCGACGCCCUCUUUCACGAGUUCCUGAGGCAUGAUCCGCAGUUUGACCAGCAGGAGUCGCCGCUGCGCUUGAAGCACCGCUCCUGCACCCACCUGCGGAAGCAGUGGCAACGCUCCAAGCAGUACAGCGACCCCGGGCAGCGCUUGGCCACCUCGUUUGACCGCCACCGGACUCCACUUCGGCGUGGCGAGAGCGUCAACUACCCGAUGGAGACCAGCUACCACAGCACGCUACCGCGCAUCGUCAGCGCGCCGGACGAGGAGGCCAGCGAGGGUACCCCCAGAACGCCGGACACCCCCAAGCAGGACGAGGAGCGACCAACAGACGUCCAAGAGGAGCAGGAGGACCAGAGAAAAGUCAGCCCUAGUAAUAGCUCAGGGACAGUGAGGGACAAGGACGAGGAAACGACGUCUCACUCCGUCCUCGCAUCGGAGUGCGCUGCGACCGAGCAGAGCAGGCAGGCCGGACUUCCGCCCGAACCACCGGACGAGCGCUGCUCACCGCCACCGCCGCAGCCACCGGAAACGGGCUACGGGCCGCAGACCAUCACGGCAGAGCUGACCGACAAGCUGGCGGCCAACCUGGAGGAGCGCCUCUAUACCAGUCUUCGCAGGACCAAGGACGCCUCGGAGUGCGUGGUGGCCAUUACACACGCCUCCCCCGACCACAGCCCAGUGUAGCAUGGCUCCAGUCACAACCUCACACACGUCAUACCGCAUCUGCUUUCACACACACACCCCAUGACUCACUCGUUCAGUCCGGUCGCAUCCUUGGUUUCCACCAAAGAUAUAGAAAAAAAUAGGACAUUCAAUAGUCUGACCAUUUUGUAUAUUGCUGGGGUACAAGAUGACCCCUUUUGCUGUGGAUACCAUUCAAAUCUCUCAUCAAUGUGCUCUGUUUGUAGCUUUAGUUUAACUUAACUGCCAUAAAAUGAACAAUUAUUGAACGAAGCAUGUCAUUGAUAAGGUUCACUCUAAAUCCUCCUCCAUGUUUGACGUGCGCUAAAAUGUUGCCAGGAAUUGUGUUGCGCUCUGCUCUUUCUCUAGUUCCCUGGUUUCAACCCAGAUGUCCUUGUGUCUGUAUGUAGGCUCAAUACCCAUGUACUCACCAAACCAUUCCAGCUAGUCUGUGCUUUUCUUAUUAUGUUUCUCCCUGUGAAUGCCUCUCUCUUCCUCUCUCUUUCUCAUUCUCUCUUAUUUUUUUCUUUCUCUCUCUAUUUCUCUCUCUCUCUCAGUUCAGAACCCAUUAUGUUCUUCAGUAUGUUCUCUGCACUAGUUGAUCCACUGUGAAAUUGGGUGCUAAUAGAUACGAACAUAAAGAAUAGCUAUUUAGACCAUGUUUACUGUAUGUUACCCCUGAGAGAGUGAGAGUGUGUGACUAUAGCAGGGCACACUGGUUACCCCUAAACAGUGGCUGAAGUAGUCAAUAUUUAAUAGUCAUUGUGUUACCUGCCACAUAUCAGUGGAAUGAUAUAUCUUUCAUCUUUCUUUAAAACCUGUGAAGAUUACGUGAUUUUAUUUGUCCAACUGUGAAUUUUACAUUAUCAUCUUAUGUACAUGUGUACAAUGGAUAUACAUUACUUUCCUGUUGUAUAAAUUACAGCAACAGUAAAUAACUGCAACACAUUAUUUAAAGUUACUUAAAGGGACUUAUGUUUCCCUCGUGGCAUCACACCGUGUACCUAGUCUGAAAAUCUGUGUGUGUGUGUGUGUGUGUGUGUGUGUGUGUGUGUGUGUGUGUGUCCUCUAGUGAAUGUGGCAUUGUGUGUGCGGUAAUGGAGGAGAAUCUAAUGUAUCUGCUCACUGGCAUUUCUACACAUAUUUGGCAUGUAGGCAUGCAGAGGCAGCUCAGCUUGAUGGAUUCCCUCUCCAUGUUCUUGUUAAUUUGUUUGUUUGGUUUUUUUUUAUGUUUUUCUUACCCUACAUAUCACUUUGCAUGAUGAGGCCUAUGCUGAGUCAGCAUGUAUGUCUAUGUGAGACAUGGAAAUCACCCCACAGCAGGCCACUACACAUCAGUGUAGUGACAUUUGUUCCUAUGAAGUGUCCUUGUAAUUUGGGGGUAUACGCUGGAGUUAAGCUUGUGCUUCUAUUCAAAUUGAAUAUCGACAAGAGAGGGAAAAAAAACUGCCUGGUGUCACAACCAACAAUGUUUCAUUUUAUUAUUUUUUUUCCUGAGAAUGUGUUUUUGCUCAUGUCUGAUGUCUUCAAAUGUAAUGACAGAAAAACAUUAUAUAUGACCAGAUAUCUAGUUGGCCAGAGAUACGUGUGGUCCUAUACAGUGAGACACUGACCAGCACAUCCAUAUGGGCAGAUACAUCAUCAUGCUGUUCUACAUGAUUGCCCUUUUUUAUUUCCACUUAAAAGUCAAUUUAUCAGACUACAUUUGAUAGAAGUUACCUUAAUCAUACUUUUCAGCAAGUUACAAGCAGUCUGUACUAAAUGUGGCCGGUGGAUCAACUGAGAUCUGCAUUGGUCCUCCCUGUGCCACAUUGAACUGCUAACUGCAGGGGAUUGUGAUCUUUUUAUGUGCCUAAAAGACGAGUUUCAGAAGGUCUGAACGAAGCAUAGGCGGUGUUAUUUGUGUUUAUUAAAUUUAUCUAUUAGA